AGAAAAUAGCCUUAUUUGCCGCAAGUCUGAAUCUGUGAGUGACAGUAGGCUGUUGGAGAUUACGCAAACUGAAAAUGUGCCAGCCUAAAUGGCAUGAUGCGCUGUUCCAAGUUGUCAAAUAAUUUUAGCAUGUAAAUCUUGGUGGGGCAAACUCAACCUUUUUGUAGAUGCAUUCCAGCAAAGCCACUACACAACACAACACUAAACAAUACUUAACUCCUCUAUAACGGUGACAAACGGUGCCCACAAACUGUCCCAACAGCAAAGCUUUCUUUUCAGCACCAUGGAGUGAAUUAAUCCUUACCACUGCUACACCUCCCUAUCAACGGAGCCUUGUCUGGUAUCGAAACAGUUCAUUCAGCCUCAUUUACUGCUUUAAAAAAAACUGCUGAUAUGGCUGCCUUGCUGAACAAAUGUGGUUUCUACUGACAAUUGAGAUGUACAAACUAUGGCAUAAGGGAACAAUGAGCGGAUAAGAGGCAAUCUGUAAUUUCGAUUAAGACAUUAAUGAGCAAGCUAAAACAGACGUUGUCAAAAAUCUAUUUGUUCAGCACUUUUGAAAUGUACAUGGGCCGUUCUUAUAGUAUUUUCCCUGUACACCAAGUCAGAAGGGGGCAUAUAAGCAGACAAUGAAAGCCCUUACAAUAUUAGAUUAUUACAUUUUUCUAAAACAGGGUAUAUGCUAAAUGUGCACCACCAAGUCAGAACAGUAGGCUUUGUUUUGAGGGGGAAAGGGACCAAAUGACUAGGGUGAGGCACAUGGGCUACUAACAGUUUACUACACAACAUACACAUAGUAUUACUUUCUUAGCUACAGUAUACUUAUCUCCCUGGCAUAUUACAUAAUUUAUGCAGCAGUAUACAAUAUAUUUUUGGACUCACCGUUGUGCUGUGCUCACUUGAACAGGAAGGUGGCACUGGGGUCCUUCUUGUGGGAAGAAUUUGUCAUGAAACUUUCACCAAAGUCUGGCAUUCUCUGGAUUUAUGGUGCUUUCAAGAUAACUGGGAACUUGGAAAAGAGGAAGGUUGAAUCAUGACGUCAGGGAUCUUCAUGUCGGAGCUCUAGAAAGAGGCCAGAGUUCCCAACUUGGAAUUCCAAUUUGGAGCUCGUUUUUUCCCCGAGUUCCCAGCUGGAUCAGGGAGCCUCCUGUGACCAGUCUGGAGGUGCACUUCACCCCCCAUGCAGAGAGAGAGCUGGGGGAGUUCCUUUUACCCCAUCAGUGCAGAAUCUCAUGACCGACCCAGGUUCCGGUUCCUGCACGAUCCAUAGGAGGCUGAGGCCGCCAUUAAGGAGGGGUCCUAUCUGCUGACCCCAGGUCAGUGUAUCGGAGGAGCCGCUGUAAGAACAGACUCUUCUUCUUCACAUUGGAUAUAGGCCAAUAUCAACAGUCUGAUCAACUCUAUGCAAAGAUGAUGUGUUAUGCUGCAUGAGGCAAAUGGUGGUCACACCAGAUACUGACUGGUUUUCUGAUCCACACCCCUACUUCUUUUUUAAAGUUAUCUGUGACCAGCAUAUGCAUAUCUGUAUUCCCAGGAAUGUCAAAUCCAUCAGAAAAGGGCCUAAUUUAUUUAUUUCAAUUGACUGAUUUCCAUAUAUGAACUGUAACUCAGUAAAAUCCUUGAAAUUGUUACAUGUUUCAUUUAUAUUUUUGUUUUAAAAUUGUUUAAUUAAAACAUUAUUUUAUUUUUCUUGUAAAGAUAGAGUGCUUGUUGAAAUGGUUGGUUAUACCGUAUGAUCGUAACACUUUAUUUUACUAAGUUACAUUAUAGAGCAUUUAUUCCAAGCACCUCUAGGCUGGGAGAGAGCACCUCAGUACACUGCAGUGCACACUAUCAACUUAUCAUAUGGAAUCUUUACGGUUGAGUUCUGUUUAGUAAUGGUAGUGAACACGCCUUUACUAUCUAAGUUAGAUUGUUACAGUUUUAAUAUCGACUCCGCUAUGAUAGGAUAUGGAUUCCAAAAUUGCUUCCAGUAUUUCCCUUGACCUUUGUCAACCUCUCAGUUUUAGUAAUCCAAUGUCCAGUACAAAGUAUUUUAAAUUCAGGAAUUUAUUGGGAACUUAAUUGCAUCUGUCUAUAUCCAGUGUGACAACAGUCUGUGGGAUUGGUCAACUUGUCAUUGUUGGAUGGAGUGGAGUGGUGGGCCUUUCAUUGUCUGGCAUAGAUUUACUACUAGAACCACUCCCCUUUCCAAUAGCAACAGCAAAUCACUCUUUCACACUACUACUUUGUAUUCUUGUGAGAGUGUGUGAGAGAGUUGGAGGCUCGGAGUAACACACACACAGUGGGUAUUUUCGUUUGAGGAGACGCUGUUUUUAGGGUCAGCAAAUUACAACUAAUUAAUAGUGUGUUGUUAAAUUGGAUGUAAAUAGUUCACUGAACAGAGAGAAAACAACUACGCCUUCACCAGUUGACUUGAAUUGCCUAGGAAGCAAUGGGACCACUGAAUCUCCACCAGGCUAUAUUAAAGGCUGACUUCAUCCUAGCUAGAAGGCUAAUCGAGGCUGGGGCUAAUGUCAACAGCAGGGAUGAGGAGAGGAGGACCCCUUUAAUGCUCUGCUGCCUCCAUGAUGGGGAGUCUUGGUCCCUCGGUGUAGCACGCAUGCUCCUGAUUCACAGAGGCCAAGUGGGGCUCUGUGACCGCCACGGUCGAACCGCUCUGGUGUAUGCGGUCUUGUACGGGCGUCUGGGUUUGGUUAGGCUGUUCCUCCAAGCGCUGGACUAUGACCUGAACCACGUCGACAAGCACGGUCACAUGGCUCUGUGGUACUCAGCUCAGGUAGGUAACGGUCCUAUCAAUGACCUGCUGCUGAAAACCAUGAGGAAGUACUGUCUGAGCACUGACAUAUCUGAGGCCGCAGUCCCCAGGCUUUGUGGUCAUGAUAAACCCGGUCAAGUUCUGGUCAAACACCAGAAAGCAGUCAAGCAGAAUGCCAUUAAUUGUGCCAUUGACCACAAGGUCACAGGUCACCUGAAGCCACAGCCAGAGAAAGGUCUACCUCCAUUGUUCCGAAAGGACUUGCCUUACAAGCCCCUUCCAGAAACCCUAUGGACAAAGAGGGAGAACUUCUAUAAAACAGUGAAGCCACCAGAGGCAAAACCUGAGACAAAGAAGGCCUUGACUGGAGGGUCUGAGCAGGGGAAGGAAGGGAAGACAACCACCCCCUCCCCAUCUAAGGACUGGAAGCUAGACAUGAGGAGUCUAACCGAGGUCUUACUGGGUCAGAUCAGCCUUUCCUACCGGCCCCAGGCCCAGCCCCGGCCUCCUUCCUCUCUCCUCCACCGCAGGAGGACACCUCGCUUGGGGGCCAGCCCCACUGUGGGGGCCCUGCUCCGCCAGCGCUGGGGGAAGGGAAGGAAGAUGUCCCUGGACGCCAUCAGCGACAGCCUGCUGAAAGAGAGGACAGCCAUUGGCUCGUUCCGCCGCCGGUGCAGUGUGACCGUGAUACCCAUGAUCAGGAUGGGGCUGACAAGCAGGAGCUCCAGCACCACCGAGCUAGAGGGUAGGGGGGGAGACAAGGGUCACUUCUAGGAGGGAUCCAGGAGCUGAAAAAGUUCAGCUAGUCAGACAGAAAUUAAUGUAUAUUUUGCUUAUCUGAAGGUUUAUUAAUGAUGAUGGAAUAUGGAUGGUCGUUUUUGUGUGAUGGAUUAUAGUGCAGUAUUCAAUAUAUUGAAGUUUGCUGUGUCUGUAUUAAAAAGUUAAUACCAAUCAUCGAGUGGGACAGAUGCAAUGAGGGUUAGAUGCAGUUGAUCCAUCUGGCAUUUCUGUAAUCUCCCUAAAAGUUUGUUUUUGUAUACAACUUGAUUUGGAAUGUUUGAAUGUUAAGUCUUUUGUAUGAAAAUAAAAUGACUAAA